AUGGCCUCAUCUAAUAAUCGAUCACAUAUACAUGAUGAACUAUUGACAAAUGUCAGUCAUCAAUAUUUUGUGAUUACACUUACAAAUUUUCCUGAUUUUUUACAUCGUACAUCUCACUAUCAACUACCAAUCGAUCAACAAUAUAUACAAGAACGUAAUGAUGUUGCAUUGCUACCAAAUAGACUAAUUCAUAUGCAAAUCGAUGAUUCUGAACAUCAUGAAAGAUUGUUAUACAAUGAAUUAAUAUUCGAUUUAGGACAAUCAAUUCGAGUCUAUCUUCAACGAACUCGACGUUCAUAUCCAAUUAAUAUCGUUGUUGAUCUAAGAAAUAUUCGUCGACAACGACAUUCGACAAAUACGCAAGAGAGUGAUGUCGAAGCAAUGGGAAUUACAAAUUCAACUGGUACACAUGAACAACGAACUGUAACACUUGAUGAUAAUAAUAUUAAUGGUGAUACUCGUAAUAGGAAACGAUUCUGUUUGAUUAUAUUCAAUGAUCCAACAUUAUCUGAACUUUUCAAAACAAAACCAGGAAAGGGACAAGAAAGAAUCAAUCCAACACAACCACCACUAAAUGCGACUAGCCGAAUUUCAACAGCAACGACAACAGCUGAACAAGUAGAAGAAGAAGAAGAUGAUGAUGACGUGGAGGAAGAAGAAGAAGAAGAAGAAGAAGAGAAGGACGAAAACAACGACAACAACGAUGACGGUGAUGAGAGUGACAGCACACGAAAUAUCGGUUUAAAUCUUCGAAUAAGUAGUAAAUUACAAAAAUUAGUGAAUGAAUUCAUGAAACAUCAACGCCUUCCAUUAUCCGGAAGAUAUUAUCUUGAUUUAACCAACCAAUGA